AUGUAUACACUUGGAGUUGGUAUAUGGGAACGUUUGAGACGAAAGAGCAAUUAUUACAUUGUUAUCGUUGGAUUGGAUAAUGCCGGAAAAACAACCUUUCUGGAACAGAUCAAGUCGAGAUUUAUUAAGAAUUAUCAGAUGUUAAAUCCACUGAAGAUUACAAGCACUGUUGGUUUAAAUGCUGGAACAAUUGUACUUGGUUCUAUUCGUCUCAGUUUUUGGGAUCUUGGAGGACAGGAAGAAUUGCAGUCACUUUGGCAUAAAUAUUUCGAGGAUUCACAGGCACUGAUAUUUGUAGUUGACUCCUGUGAUUCUGAUCGAUUUCCAGAAGUUAGUGAAGCAUUCAAAUUAGUAAUGAACAGUGAGGCUGUUCAAAAAAUGCCGGUUUUGGUUGUUUGCAACAAAAGUGACAUAGAAGAAUGCAUAGGAACGGAAAUAAUUAGAGUUUUAACAACCGACGACCGACAUAGGGGUGAUUUGGCUCUCAUCUCGAUAUCGGCAUUACAAGGUCUUAAUAUUGACCGUUGUAUGCGAUGGCUCUAUACAGUGCUAACGCGUAAUCACUCUGCUAUUGAUCUCAGUUGA